UAUUUGUCAUUUUCAUCAAUAUAGAUGACAGUGAAGUUGCCUGUGUAAAAUCUAUUCUUGCCACUUGCCACUGCGUUUGCACGGCUUGAGGAAGGGAAGCCAGCUGUGUUAAUGCCUAGACUCCUUGAAUGACAGAUCAACCAGUCACUCGAUGGGGAGCAACGGCGGACCACCUUUUUGUGUCACCUUCCCACUUCUCUGUAGCAAGAAAAAUCACUUCAGCACCUCUUCAAUAAUAAUGAUGAAACUGGUAUUAACUGAAUGGCAAUUAUGGAUUUUUAACUCUAAUUCACAGUAAACCAGCAAGCCAUAUGUUUAAAAUCCAACCAAAAAUCAUUCUGUUCUGCUGCGUGUCUCACCCGAUUGUGAGAAGUGGAGAGAUCUCUGUUUGUACAAAGAGGGAUAUAAGCAUCACUUGCCGGAGGAACACAACUGAAGCAGAAGGAGAAGGUGUCCUAAUUUAUCCUUAAAGAUAUAUGAUAGCGUUAUUUAUAUAGAUAGAGAAAAUAUAUAUAUAUUAACAAAUAUAUAUAUAUAUAUACACAUAUAUAUAUAUAUUUUUGGUGGUAAUGAAAAUGGCUCCGCAAAAUGCCGACUCAGAAUCUAUGCAAGUUCAAGACUUACCUGUGCCCCUGCCAGACCUGCAGAAGCCCGGAGGUGCGGACACCCACUACGAGACCAUCAGCGAGGGGUCCAUAGACCGGAUCCCUGUGCGCCUGUGGGUGAUGCACGGGGCCGUGAUGUUCGGCAGGGAGUUCUGUUACGCCAUGGAGACGGCACUGGUCACUCCCAUCCUGUUGCAGAUUGGCCUUCCGGAGCAGUACUACAGCCUCACCUGGUUCCUGAGCCCCGUCCUCGGCCUCUUCUUCACGCCCAUCAUCGGCUCCGCCAGCGACCGCUGCACCCUGAGCUGGGGCCGCCGGCGGCCUUUCAUCCUGGUCCUGUGCAUCGGCGUGCUCUUGGGCGUGGCGCUCUUCCUGAACGGCUCUGCCAUCGGUCUGUCCCUCGGCGAUGUCCCCAGCCGGCAGCCCAUUGGCAUCGUCCUCACCGUGCUGGGGGUGGUCAUCCUGGAUUUCAGCGCCGAUGCGACAGAGGGCCCCAUCCGUGCCUACCUGCUGGAUGUGGUGGACAGUGAGGAGCAGGACAUGGCUCUCAACAUCCACGCCUUCUCUGCCGGCCUCGGCGGGGCCAUCGGCUAUGUGCUGGGGGGGCUGGACUGGACCCAGACCUUCUUGGGCGACUGGUUCCGGACGCAGAACCAGGUGCUUUUCUUCUUCGCGGCCAUCAUCUUUGUGGUGUCGGUGGCCCUGCACCUGUUCAGCAUCGAGGAAGAGCAGUACAGCCCCCCGCAAGAGCGGGGUGGGGAGGCGGCCGGCACCCUGCCCCCCGCCGCCCGCGUGAAUGUUCUGGAUGGAGGCGUCGCCUUGUUCCCGGAGGAGGUGCAGUCCGAGCACGAGCUCUCCCUGGACUUCCUGGGUGUGGACAUGGUGCGGAGUAAGAGCGACUCUGUGUUGCACGUGCCGGACGCUGCCCUGGACCUGGAACCCGAGCUGCCCUUCCUGCCCGACAUCGAGCCCUCCAUCUUCCACGACGGCUCCUACCCCAGCACCCCCCGCAGCAGCAGCCAGGAGCUUCCCUGGACCAGGCCGUACCGCCUGGCCUCCGUGCUCAGGGAAACCGCAAAGGAGGACGCGACGCUGCUCGAUAAUCACUUGAACGAAGCCAAAGUCCCCAACGGGAGUGGCUCUCCCCCGAAGGACAGCCUCGGGGGCUACACCAGGGUGGCCCCGAAACCCACGGCCGCGUCCGGCUCCAUGAGGCGGCGGAGGCACAUGUUCCACCGGCAGGCCUCCAGCACCUUCUCCUACUACGGCAAGAUCGGGUCCAACUGCUACCGCUACCGACGGGCCAACGCCGUGGUCCUCAUCAAGCCCUCGCGCAGCAUGAGCGACCUGUACGACCUGCAGAAGCAGCAGCGGCAGCGGUGCCGGCACCGGAACCAGAGCGGGGCCACCACCUCCAGCGGGGACACGGAGAGCGAGGAGGGGGAGGGCGAGACCACCGUGCGGCUUCUCUGGCUGUCCAUGCUCAAGAUGCCCAAGGAGCUGACGCGGCUGUGCCUCUGCCACCUGCUCACCUGGUUCUCCGUCAUCGCCGAGGCCGUCUUCUACACCGACUUCAUGGGCCAGGUCAUCUUCGAAGGGGACCCCAAGGCCCCCUCCAACUCGACCGCCUGGCAGGCCUACAACGCCGGCGUGAAGUUGGGGUGCUGGGGCCUGGUGAUUUACGCGGCCACCGGCGCGAUCUGCUCAGCCCUGUUACAGAAGUACUUGGACAACUACGACCUGAGCAUCAGGGUCAUCUACGUGCUGGGGACGCUGGGUUUCUCCAUCGGCACGGCCGUGAUGGCCAUGUUCGCCGACGUCUAUGUCGCCAUGAUCAUGAUCAGCACCAUGGGCAUCGUCUCCAUGAGCAUCUCCUACUGCCCCUACGCCCUGCUCGGGCAGUACCACGACAUCAAGGAGGCAUGCCUCCUGCCACCUCUCACGUGUAACAACCACGGAUCUGCUCUGCGUCACCACCAUCGUUGCCUCGAGUUCGUGGACGUGGAAUCACACGGCGGGGACGGCUUUUGUGCACGGUUUCUCUCGUUCUGUAUAGAGUUUUUGAGACCCACGUAAUUUCAGGUAUCAUUACUUUGAUGAGGGCCCCGGUAAACGAGCAUGCCACCCCGUGUGCUUAUCCAUUCAGCUCACGGACACGGAGACUGUUUGUACGUGGUGGUUAUUACGACCGAAACCGCGGUGCACAGCUGAGCACUUUGAGUGUUCCCUUCUCUUCCAGAAGCACCCGAGAGGGAUGGCUGGGUCCUGUGGGUGUGUAGAUUUUAACUCUAUGAAAAGCCGUCCGAUGUUUCCCAGUGGGGCUCCACACGCCCCCGGCAAGGACCGAGGGUCCUAGGUGCUUCACCUCGUGGCCGGCUUCUGGCCAGUGCAGCUGAAACCGGCUCGUGUAACACGCGGUCUCGCUCUGGCUGUAGUGAGCACGGCCUUGCACGUGAAGCCUCCUUCCUGUGUUUGCCAUCUGUGCCUCUUCCGGAGUGGAAUGUCCAGCUGGACUUUUUGCCUCAGGUCCUUCGUCUGGUAAAUAUUUUUCGAGUAUUUUCUGCUAGUCUCCGAGGGAAAGAAGAGUGCCUUGUUCCUGAAUCGAGAGGGAGAGGUGGGGUCUUUGGCCGUUAAGUGUAGUGUUUGCUGUGGGGCCGUUGUAGUGGCUCCUGAUCGAGCCGACACUCUGUUCCCGGUUCGCGGAGAGCUUUCAUCGUGCGUGGACGCUGCAUCCUGUCACGUGUGCUUUCUGAGUCUGUUGAGAUGAACAGGUGGUUUCUCCUUCUGAGUUUGUCAAUAGGGUGAAUCCAUCAGCCGGUCUCGAAUGUUAUAUACCAGGCUUGCAUUCCUGGGAUGAAUUCCACUUGGUCGUAGGUAUUGUCCUUGUUAUUUAUCGCCGGAAUCGAAUUUCUAAAAUGUUAUUAAAGAUUCAAGGUUCAUGAAACGAAAUGGUUCUGUUUGUUCCCUUUGUAAUGUCUUGUCUGGCUUUGGUAGCCAGGUAAUACUGGGCUCAUAAAAUGAGACGACAAAGUGUUCACUCUUCUUGUUUUUAUGAAAAAAAAAUUAGCGUAGAAUUUAUAUUUAUUCCCUGUAUGUUUGGGAGAGCUCAUCGGCGAAUUCUCUGUCAAGUUUUCUUCAUGUGAAGGUUUUAAGGGAUGGGUUCAAUCUCUUGGUUCGAUAGAGGGCUCCCCAGGUUCUCUGUUUCUUCUGGAAUGAGCUUUGGUUGCUUGUGCCUUUCAAAUACUGUUGUCGUUCCAGCCGAGUUGUCAAAUUUAUUGGCAUCCAACUUGAAAUAUCCCCGUAUUAUCUCUCCCAAUAGCUUAUAGGAUCCAUAGUGACUUUUGUUUGUUGUGGUUUUUAAUUGAGGUGAACUUACAGCGACGGGCACAGAGGCGUGUGAGUGUGCGAGUUUUGGCAUAUGCACACCCCAGAGUAACUAACGUAAAGUCUGCACAGGACAUCCCUUUCACUCCAGAAGGUUCUCCCGGUGCCUUCGAAUUCAGUCCCACCCUACACUUAGACCGAUGACAUUAGACAUCAGGAACGACUGCCAUGAAAUUCAGUCACCGUGCAUCGGUUUUGUCUGUUUUGGACUUCACAUGAGUGGAAACAUACAGUUGGUAGCCCUUCUGUCUGGCUGCUUCCACUCAGUACAUUCCUUCGGAGAGUUGUCCACACGGCUGGGUGCGUGGCGGGUCAGUCCCCUUUCACUGAUGUAGAGUAAGUAUUCCACUGUGAGGACAUGCCACGUCCAUUUUCUGGUUGAUGGGAGUUUCCGGUUUAGGGCCGUUACAAGUAAAGAUGCUGCGGGGCGCCCGGGUGGCUCAGUCGGUUAAGCGU